CAAGGCCACUGUCGGGCAAACCCGGCGCCGGGCGAUCCCGGGAUGAUGCAGUUGGCUCAUCCACGCAGUGUUGUGCCUAAAGUCGCAUGAUCAGCCGCACCGCCGUCACCUGACACUCACGCUUGUGCGAUAAGAUCGGCCCCGACCGUUUUUUUCGCAAUAUCAAGCACCGACACCUGCCCUCGACACUGCUCUGCCUCCUGCUCCAUCUGCUGCUGCUCGAUCUCCUCGCGGGCUCUGUCGCUGCUCCCACUUCCAUAAUCCGCGCAUACCUGGACACCACAACAAACACUCGCUAUCAUGCUGGCAUCGUCCCUGCGAUCCUCCUCCCGUCGGUGGCUUGCGCCCACCUCCAUUCCCUCGACUCGCUCAGCGGCUCUCCUGGCUCGCCACAAGCACUCUGGUGCUGCCGAGGCAUCGGCCCAGCCCGCCAGCAGCUGCACCGUUGGCCCCCGAUCCGCACACAAGCCCCUGAAGCGCCCGACGAUCUCGACCCAGACGCCCCGGGAACGGCCCAAGUCCUUCGAGCCCGUCACCGACACCACCUUCGUGGGCCUGACCGGCGGCCAGAUCUUCCACGAAAUGAUGCUGCGUCAGGGCGUCGAGAUGGUCUUUGGAUAUCCCGGCGGUGCGAUCCUUCCUGUCUACGACGCCAUCCACAACAGCGACUACUUUGACUUUGUUCUGCCGAGACACGAACAAGGCGCCGGUCAUAUGGCCGAGGGAUAUGCCCGUGUGACCGGCAAGCCCGGUGUCUGCUUGGUCACCAGUGGACCUGGCGCCACCAACAUGGUCACCCCCCUGCAGGACGCCCUCUCCGACGGCAUUCCCAUGGUCGUCUUCUGUGGCCAGGUCCCCACAACGGCCCUCGGCACGGAUGCUUUCCAGGAGGCCGAUGUCGUCGGCAUCACCCGAUCGUGCACCAAGUGGAACGUCAUGGUCAAGGACAUCACCGAGCUGCCUCGCCGCAUCAAUGAGGCCUUUGAGAUUGCCACCUCGGGUCGGCCCGGCCCCGUCCUCGUCGAUCUCCCCAAGGACGUCACCGCCUCCGUUCUGAAUCGCCCCAUUCCCGGAGGCGUGAACGGCAUGAAGUCCAACAUUCCCUCGACACGCGCUCCCUUCCCGCCCCUGGUCGACAACACCGAGAUUUCGCCUGCUGCCCGCGAGGCCAUCGACAAAGUUGCCCAUCUCCUGAAUCGGGCCAAGAAGCCCAUCCUCUACGUUGGUGGCGGCAUCAUGAACUCGCCCGAUGGCCCCAAGAUGCUCAAGGCCCUGGCGCACAAGGCCAACGUCCCUGUGACCACCACCAUGCAGGGCCUGGGUGCCUUUGAUGAGCUGGAUCCUCUCUCGCUGCAUAUGCUUGGCAUGCACGGCAGUGCCUAUGCCAACCUGGCGAUGCAGUCGGCUGACUUGAUCGUUGCCCUGGGUGCCCGCUUCGACGACCGUGUCACCCUCAACCUCGACAAGUUUGCCCCUGCCGCCAAGGCCGCCUCCCGUAUGGGCCGCGGUGGCAUCGUCCACUUUGAGAUCAUGCCCAAGAACAUCAACAAGACUGUCAACGUGGACGUGGCCGUCGAGGGUGACGUCACUAACAACAUCAAGCAUCUGAUCCCCUUGAUCGAGAGCCGUCCUCGCAAGGCGUGGUUCGACCAGAUCAGCCUCUGGAAAGAAAAGUACCCCUUCACCUUCACUCCCUCCGAGCCCGGACAGCCGCUCAAGCCCCAAGCCGUCAUCCAGGAGCUGGACCGCCAGCUCUCGCACAUGAAGGAGCACGCCGUCAUCACCACCGGCGUCGGUCUGCACCAAAUGUGGGCUGCGCAGUACUACACCUUCCGCCACCCGCACACCUGGAUUUCCUCGGGCGGCCUGGGCACCAUGGGCUUUGGCCUGCCUGCCGCCAUCGGCGCCAAGUGCGGCGCCCCCGAGAAGAUUGUUGUCGACAUUGACGGCGACGCCUCCUUCUCCAUGACCGGCAUGGAGCUGAUGACGGCCCGACAGUUCAACAUUGGCGUCAAGGUUCUCAUCCUCAACAACGAUUUCCAGGGCAUGGUUAAGCAAUGGCAGGAUCUCUUCUAUGGAAAGCGGUACUCUGGCACGGUCAUGUCCAACCCGGACUUUGUCAAGUUUGCUGAGUCGAUGGGAUGCAAGGGCCUGCGCGCCCGCACCAUGGAGGAGCUGCCGGCCGUCAUGGCCGAGUUCCUCGAGACCGAGGAGCCCGUCAUCUUGGACGCCGUUGUCGAGAAGGACGAGCACGUCUACCCGAUGGUUCCUGCCGGCAAGGCUCUGCACGACAUGGUGCUCGGCUCGCAGAAGCUGGACGAACCUCAGUUCCAGAACUCGUUCAUGGCCCCCUAAGCAUAUUUGCAAUCGUAUUCGCAUUCGCGGGCGGUGCCAUGGCCACCGGCAGUCGGACGGGAAAGCGAAGCCGACCACUUUUCUUGGUUUUUGGAAAGAAGUGACGUUUGUGAGCGCGGCGCCGGUUAUAUUGAUAGGCCACAACGGAAGAUUAGUGGCAAUCCAAUAAAAAACGGGACACCCGGGUUUUUGACCAUUCAUCGAA